AUGGGUAGGAAUUUCGUUGCAGAUGGCCGCUCAAUGGCUAUCAUUGGGCUAUCCUGCAGAUUUCCCGGCGACGCCAACAGUCCUACUGCGUUCUGGGAGCUACUUUGCAAAGGGCAGUCUGCCUAUUCUACGGUUCCCAAAGACCGGUUCAACAUCAGCGCGUUCCACUCUGGGCCACGGGAAGGGCUGAACAAGUCUCGCACUGAAGGAGGCCACUUUCUUUCAGAUGAUAUUCGGCGGUGGGACGCCAACUUCUUCGGCAUCACGGCCGAUGAAGCCUCCGCCAUGGACCCCCAGCAGCGCUUGAUGAUGGAAGUCGCGUAUGAGGCGUUCGAAAACGCGGGCGUUACGCCAGCGCAGCUCGAUGGCUCCGACACGGGUGUUUGGAUGGGUGUUAACAGCAACGACUGGCGUGAGACCCUUUUCCGCGACCCGGAGGCUGCGCCCCUGCACACUUGGACUGGCACUGGACCGGAAUACAUCUCUGGGAGAGUUUCGUGGUUCUUUAACCUUCGCGGUCCGAGCAUGACAGUCAACACAGCCUGUUCGUCAAGUCUUGUUGCUUUGCACGAGGCGAGAAACGCCAUUCUUGCGGGCGACUGCAAGAUGGCCAUUGUCGGGGGGGCCAACCUCAUUUUUAACCCUGAAUACUUCCUAUACUACUCGAAUCAGAUGUUCCUCUCACCCGAUGGAAAGUGCAAAAGCUUCGACGCCGCUGGCGAUGGAUUUGGUCGCGGCGAGGGUCUCGGUGCCGUGGUGUUAAAACCCUUGGCCGACGCAGUACGGGAUGGAGAUGCGAUUCGAGCUGUUCUGAAGGGCAGCGGUGUUGGCCAGGAUGGCUGGACAACUGGCAUUACUUUGCCCAACGCAGAAGCCCAAGCCGACCUCAUUCGUAGGGUUUAUGCAGAGGCGGGUCUCCCGACAAGUCAGACUGGCUUUGUUGAGGCUCACGGCACGGGCACUAAGGUCGGUGAUCCGGCAGAGCUUGAGGCUAUUUCCAAAGCGCUGGGGACAACGACCGGAAAACAACACCUCCUGGUCGGUUCUGUGAAGACAAACAUUGGUCAUCUAGAAGCCGCAGCCGGAAUUGCCGGCCUCAUCAAGGCAGUGCUGAUGUUGGAGAAGGCACAAAUACCUCCAACCAUCGGCAUCAAGCACCUGAACCCAAGGAUCAAGUGGGACGAAUGGAAAAUGACAGUUCCCGAAGAACUUAUCCCAUGGCCAUCCAUCCAGGGACCUCGACGCAUCGGCCUGAGCUCCUUUGGCGCCAGCGGCACAAUCACUCACGCUAUAGUUGAGGACGGUGAAGAGUAUAGCAGACCCCAAGACGGUGUGUGCGACAAGCAAUCUCGCAGUCAUACACCCGCAGGUCUGCAGCUUAUCGUGCUUAGCGCUGGCGACAAGGAGGGCAUCAUGCGCCAGGCUACGAGUGUGGCCAAGUAUCUGCGAGAGUCCCGCGCUGCCACCCGUACAUCUCAUAAGGAGGGAGCAGAAUAUCUCAGGCGGCUGGCCUUCACGCUGGGAGCCAGACGAGCCCACCUAGCACAUCGAUGCUACACUGUGGUGCCAGAUAUUAAGGAGCUGUGUAACCGUCUCGCACCUCGUCAGCCAAGGGAGGACGCAGGUACGCCGCCGCAACUUGUGACGCGCAGAGCGGCGGUGUCUGACGCGGCUGACAGCAAGCUGCGCAUCGGUAUGAUCUUCACAGGCCAAGGUGCGCAGUGGGCACGAAUGGGCCUGGAACUGCUCAAGUACGACACAUUCCGGCAUAGCAUCGAAAGGGCCGAUGUUUUCCUUCGCCAAUCUCUUGGAUGCAAGUGGUCUGUUCAUAAUGAGCUAGGCGCCAGCGCGGAACAUUCCAACAUGAACAAAGCUGAGUAUAGCCAACCACUGUGUACGGUCCUUCAGGUUGCGCUCGUAGACCUGUUAGCAUCGUGGAAUAUCACCCCCGCUGCUGUAACUGGCCACUCGAGCGGAGAGAUCGGAGCUGCGUACGCGCUCGGAGUCCUGUCGGAAGAGGACGCGUGGACAGCCGCCUACUGGCGGGGAAACCUCGACUCGCGGUCGAAGCAGCCCAAAGGAGCUAUGCUGGCCGCUGGUAUGUCUCAAGACGAUGCACGAGCGCUUGUGGCCCGCGUGCCUCGAUCCGAUGGCGUGGUGGUAGUCGGCUGUGUCAACUCGCCCUCGAGCGUGACACUCUCGGGCGACGAGAAGGCUAUCGAAACCGCCGGAAGGCUCCUCACCGAGGCUGGUAUCUUCAACCGCAAGCUCAAAGUAGACGCUGCAUAUCACUCACCCCAUCAAGCUCGCGUGUCGGACGAGUAUUUCAUGCGCAUUCGACACAUUAAGCCCCGGCCAGCAAAGCCGGGCCGCAUCAUGUUCUCCAGCGUCACCGGAAAAGCGGUAGCAAGUCAUCUGGAUCUCGGCCCAGCAAACUGGGUCCGUAACCUGGUUUCUCCCGUACUCUUUGCUCAGUCGGUUGAGGCUAUGCUCCGGUCAGAGGAGGCCGGGAUAGAUGUGCUUCUCGAGGUCGGACCACAUGCUGCCCUUGCUGCUCCAUGCCAGGGUACCAUGUCAAGCUGCGGAGUCACGCUGGACUACCUUUCGGUGCUGACCCGCGGCGAAGAUGCGGUCGCAACAUCUUUGGCCGCCGCCGGUGAUUUGUGGGCCCGCGGCGCCGGCGUCGACGUCAGCUCCGUAAAUAGCCCGGAGCAGCCCGGAGCCCCCGAUACCCGGCCCCAGCUGCUCACCGAUCUACCACCGUAUCAAUGGAACCACGCCCGGUCGUACUGGACCGAGUCGCGCUUAGGGUCCGAGUAUCGCAACCGCCAGCAUCCCCACUACCGAUUUCUCGGAGCUCCACUCCCAACCUUGGUAGCAGGCGAGUAUAUGUGGCGCGCACUGAUUCGGCCCGACGAGGAACACUGGUUGCGAGACCACAAGAUCCAGGGUACAGUCGUCUACCCUGCAGUCGGGUACAUAGCCAUGGCAGUCGAGGCGGCACGACAACUGGCUACCAAGGACGGACAGGAUGGCGUGCGCAAAGUCCGCGCAUUCCGCCUCCGCGAAGUCGAGUUUCUGGCAGCCACGCAGCCUGGGGAGCAUGAGCCAAUAGAGAUGACAAUAUGCGCUCGCCAUGCAACCCAGGAUCGACCGGAUGCAGCUGCGGGCGCGACGCAGGGGUGGUACCACUUCACCAUCUCCACUUGUACCGAUGGACAGGCGGUCCGAAAGACCUGUGCGGGCUUCAUAACAAUUGAGCGCGAGCCUUCUCCGGAGUCUUUCGAGGCGUAUGAGCUGGCCAAGAUGAACUGCGACAUCAAAAACCGGUUCCUUGAGGCUCAAGAGGCAUGCCGUCAGAGCAAGAAGCCCGAGACUCUGUACGAAGAGCUCGCGCGCAUUGGACUUGAAUUCGGGCCAGCUUUCCGCAACAUGUCUUCUAUCUGGAUGGGUGAGUCGCAGAGCUACUGCACUGUUGAUGUGGUCAACCCUUCGUCAGAGAGAGAUGGAUGGUCAGGGAGCGAAGGGGAAGAAGCCGAGCGUCCCUUCAUUAUCCAUCCUGCCACAUUCGACCCCAUCACUCAAACCAUUGCGCCCGCUAUGGGCUUCCUGUCGCGGACCCCCGUCCCAACGGCGAUUGAUGAAUUACUCAUAUCAGUUGACAUCCCGUACAAGGUCGGCGAGCGGCUGCACGUCUUCUCUUCUGUGGUUCCCCGCGCCAACCAUGACUUGCUGAGCGAUAUCUAUGCACUCGACGAGUCUUUGGAUCGACCUGUGUUAUCACUGCGAGGCUUCAAAGCCGCUCAGUUAGCACCACGCGACUGCAGUAGUAGCCUAGAAGAUGCGCACAAUAUGUGUGGUCGUAUUGAGUGGAGGCCCGCGCUGGAUGUUUUGAUCAGGUCUCCCGACCACCUGAAAGAGUAUCUGCUCCACGCGGCGGCUGGCAGCGCCAGUAUGACAGAAAGAGUGCAGAGAGAGUUCAUAAACCUCAUCUUCCACAACUUGCCCGAAUCCUCGAUCCUCGAAGUCGGGCCAGAGGCUUCAGGAUCAGGUGACGUUGGAUUCAGCUCCACCAUAUUGCAAGGGUUGCAAGAAGAUAUCUCUGCCCCUUGGCAUCAUAUUUUGGACCAUACCCUCGCCGUCUGGAGGGACACCUUCCAGGUUAUUUCACCGGAAAAAGAAACACAACCGCCGCCUUCAUUGGAUGAUGUUCAAUUCGAUGUCGUCUUCGUUCAAUGGUGCAUGCCGACAGACCAGGCAGAUGCUGUUGUGAGGGAAGCCGUGCAGAAGACGAAGCAGUCGCAUUCCCUUGGCUUGACCUGCUUCAGAGGUCCCUCGGGUGAGCUCGAGGCAGCAAUGUCCAAGAUUGGGUUCAAACCUUUUCUUUCUAUGAAGGACCCGGAGUCCGAUGACAGUUUCGUUGUUAUCCGCGCACUUCCUGAGACCGACUGCAAGGAUGGCAUUAAUGCUCGAAAAAGUUCAAACGAGCAGGACAGCCAAAAUACAAUCAUCAUCCAGGCGGCAGAACCAUCAGAAUUGGAAGAGGCCGUCGCCAUAGGCUUAUCCAAGGAGCUGCAACAGAGAGAUGUCAAUUUUACAGCCAUCAAGUGGGACGAACUUGACCGCGAGCCCGGCCUGCUCAACAAGGCACAUAUCAUUUGUCUCGUCGAGGUCAGCACUACCAUGAUUGCUGACCUGGACGAGCGUGCAUUCGCAACGUUUAAGAGUCUGGUUACCGAGGCGAAUAAAAUUCUCUGGGUAACUUACCAGGGACGGGUUAAUGACGGUGACAUGCAGAUUGGAGCAGCUGUGAAUGGUCUUGCCCGCAGUCUCAAGAAUGAAGACGCGAGGGUCAAGUUCCGAGUCGCACACUUUGAUCAUCUGUCGUCACCUCAGUCUGAAGCCAUGGCGGGGAUGAUCCGGCGCUUGGCCUUUAGCGACACGCGCGAUGAAGAGUUCAACAUCAGAAAGCUCAAUGAUGACGAUGACGGCCUCCUCGUGGCGUACUGUUCCCGCGUCAUUCAUGAUAUGGAAUUGAGCAACUACGUGGAAGAGAAGCAGAGAUCCCACAUCGAUUUCGUGCGCCUAGACAGCGUCGGCAAGCCGUCAGCCACAGUCGCUAGCCAGAACAACACGGGUGCCUCGUCGAGCAAAUCCGUCAUAAAAUUAGACAUUGCCGAGCGAGGUCAGCUCGAUACGCUACACUUCGUCCAGCACGAUGGCGAACUGGCUCUUGACUUGCCCGAGGAUGAGGUCGAGGUAAGGGUGCAUGCAUCUGGUUUAAACUUCAAAGACAUCAUGAUUGCCAUGGGGCGGGUCGUAGGCACCAUGGAGGGUGCGGAAGGCAGCGGAGUGAUCGAGCGCGUUGGGAAAAGCGUCACCACCUUGAACGUGCAGGAUCGUGUUGUAUGUUUGGCCAUCGGGAUGCACGCAUCCGUAGUCCGCAUCAAAGCCGCGGCCUGCAGACGUAUCCCGGAUACCAUGUCCUUCGUCGAGGCCGCCUCGUUACCUGUUGUUCACUGCACCGCAUACAACGCUUUCGUACGCAUCGCCCGCCUCGAGACAGACGAGAUACAGGACAUCCGCAAGACGGUGCUCAUUCAUGCCGCAGCAGGCGGCUUGGGCCAAGUUGCAAUCCAAUACGCCCAACACUUCAAUAUGGAGAUCUUUGUGACAGUGGGCUCCGAUAUCAAACGCGAGCUUGUCAAGAAACUCUACGGUAUCCCAGAGGACCACAUUCUCUGCUCGAGGGAUACCAGCUUCGCUAUGGCGGUCAAGCGCAUGACCAACCAGCGAGGUGUCGACCUCGUCCUCAACUCGCUGUCAGGCGAGAUGCUGCGCGAGACUUGGCAGUGUCUUGCUCCCGGCGGAACCUUCAUCGAGGUGGGCAAGGCGGUUCUGGACAGCUUGCGGCCACCUGCUGGCAAUGAAAUCGGCGCUACAUAUACCGUGUUUGACCUCGAACACAUCGUUCGCGGUGAUAGCAGACUGACGGGCAGAUUGCUCGACGGCGCACUCGACUACGUCCGACGUGGCAUCACGAAACCAGUCAGCCCUUGCCGUCAGCUCCCUAUCAGCGACGUCCACGAGGCGUUUCGGCUCAUGCAAACCGGUCGACACACUGGCAAGCUUCUCUUCUCGUGGACAGGCGAUUUCACGGUGCCGGUGCGGCGACCGAAUAUCCUCAGCGUCGUAGCGUCUUCGCCUGCUUCCAGACUUCGUUCCGACGCCACGUACGUUCUUGUUGGCGGCCUUGGCGGUAUCGGAAGAAGUCUAGCUCGCAUGCUAGUCGAAAUGGGAGCCCGAAACCUGUGCUUCAUCUCUCGCUCGGGCCUACGCCCAAAACCAGCAAGCGCCCUCGCUGCCGAGCUCGAAGCAAUCGGCGUGAAGGUGAAGGCAUACGAGUGUGACGCCGCCGAAGCCGCCCAGGCUGAGGAGGCUCUCUCACGCUGCCGAGCUGAAAUGCCUCCCAUCAGAGGUGUCCUCCAGUGUGCAAUGGUCUUGCGAGACUGCACGUUUGCCAAUAUGGACUUCACCCAGUGGACCGAGGCCGUUCGUCCCAAGAUACAGGCCAGCUGGAACAUUCACAGCCUUCUCGCAACGUCGAAAAUCGACUUCUUCGUCAUGCUGGCCUCAUUCGCCGGGUACUUUGGCAACGCCGGCCAAAGCAACUACGGUGCCGGCUGCGCGUUCCAAGAUGCCUUGGCCAACCACCGUCGAUCCAACGGUCUACCCGCUGUGUCGCUAGAUCUCGGUAUCAUUAAUGACGUGGGUGUCCUAGCAGAGACAGGCAUGACCGACAACCUCCGCGACUGGGCGCCAAGCUUCGGCAUCAGCGAACGCAAGCUGCAGAACCUUGUUCGCGUUGCCAUCCAAGACCAACUUGCCGGCACGGGCGUCGUCGCUGCACAGAUCCCGACGGGCUUCGCAUCUCUGAGAGCAGCGAACGCGGCAGGCAUCCCGCGGCCAUCGUACCUCGACGACCCGCGCUUCGCGAUACUGGCAUCCGAAGGUCGGCUGGCUGCCCCGUGCUCGACGGAAGGCGGACAGAAGCAGCAGGCCGCACCCUCGUUUCGACAACGACUGGACGCGGCGAAGGCUGCCAAGUCCGCAGCGGAAGUUCGUGCUGUCGUGAGCGAGAUGUUGACCCAGAAAGUGGCGCAGUGCCUGAAGGUCACCGAGGACGAGGUCGACCAAGGCAAGAGCUUGCCGUCAUACGGUAUCAACUCGUUGGUGGCUAUUGAGAUUCGCAAUUGGUUCUUCAGGGAGAUCAAUGCUGAGGUGACCAUCUUUAAUCUCAUAGCUCCAGUGUCUCUCAGCAAACUGGUGGAGAAUAUUGCAAACGGUCUUUUGCCGGAAAACUGA